AUGGCUAAAGUCCUUCAGUCAGGUCUAUAUUGGCCCACACUAUUCAAAGAUGCCCAAUACAUAGUCAAGGAGUGCGACAGAUGUCAAAGAACAGGGAAUAUUUCUAAGAGAAAUCAAAUGCCACAAAAUGCUAUGCUGGAAUUUGAAUUGUUUGAUGUAUGGGGAAUGGAAUUCAUGGGGCCGUUUCCAUCCUCAUUUGGAAAGAAUUACAUCUUGGUAGCAGUGGAUUGCGUAUCAAAGUGGGUGGAAGUGGUGGCAUUGCCCACCAAUGAUUCUAAAGUGGUUGUGACCUUUCUGAAGAAUAAUAUUUUUUCGAGAUUUGGAGUGUCGAGAGCACUUAUCAGUGAUGAAGGUACUCAUUUUUAA